AUGUCGGCGGCUUUGGAGGCGGCGCAGCUGACGGCGAAGGAGGCUUUGGAGUCGAAGGAGGCGGUCCAGGUGGCCUUCGAGGAGUCCGAGCGGGCCAGGGCUUCCGAGAUCGAGGCUGCCGUUCAGGAGGCGAUUCAGGGCUACCGUCGGUCUACCGAGUUUUCUACCUUGCUGGACAAGGAGGUAGGCUCGGAAAUGGCGGACCUACUCUACCGUUUCAAGCGGUACAACCCCGGGAAAAAGCUCAACCUCAACUUCAUUGCCGAUCCCCCCCCCCUUCCUGAAGGCAUAACCGAAGAAAUGGUCGAGGAGUACGAGGGGGAGGACAUGACAGAGGAGGUCCCAGCUGAUCCCGAAGGGGGUGCUGCCGAAGCCGAUGGUGCUGCCCCUGAUGCCGAUGAAGCUGCCGCCUGA